UAUACUUCUUCUAGUCGGUCGCGCCUACCUUGCGUGGUGGUUGUUGGUGGUAUUAAUACAAUUAUGCCUCCUUCUCCAUCCAUCCAUUCAUGUCCCCCCCUGUCUUGCACUUGUGGUCGUUCGUCCCUUCUAUCUUCGGUCUUAACAUCCUUCCUUACCACCCUUCCUCUCACUUUCACUCCGUCGUUCACUCUUUGUCUUCUCCCUCUGGUCCAGUCUCGAGCGUGAAGCAUCUUCUCCAUCCUUUAAUGCUGCCUUGACCUAGAGCCCGUCGACUUUCCUUACUCUUCUUGCAUUGCAUCUUACCGGCCACGGCGUUUUUCGUUUCCCUUUUCGAUUUCUAUAUACCCUUUCCCCAGACUGAAUGCCUCAACCGUCACCGCUCGACUCUUGGGGCAGCGCUUGGAAAUAUGCGCAGACACUGAUGUCGUGUAGUAACCGGAGAACGAGGUCCGGUCUCCAACACGAUGCCAACGAGUCCACUCCCGCUCCCGCUCCGGCUUUGAGGUCGGAGGGUGAUCUGUUCGGGAUAAGAGCACUCGAGGCAGGCUACACUGGAGGCAUCGCCCAGUCAAAACCACAGAUCACUCAAGAAGAGACCCCCCUAUCACCGGGUCUUUCUCAGCUUUCCUACGUCAUGGACUCGCCUCCGCGACGUCCACCACACGCCAGACGUGCUGCUUCGCCAGGGAGCAAGUCACAACUCUCGUUCAAACUGCAGCCGGCUCCGCGCAAACGAGAUGAAUCGCCCAAUCCACCGCGACCAUCCACCGCCAACGGUUCACGAUCGGGUACUCCGACCAUGUGGUUCCGUUCGCAGCAGGAUGCCUCCGUUCCGAAAAGCUGGUACCUCCCCACUAGCGAAGAGAUCUUUGGCAACGGGCCUGUAAUCCCGACCUCGAGGCCAAGCACGAGGACAGAAUUGCGCUCUCGAGCCUCCAUCAAGUCCACUAAAUCUGACCAUACGUCGGAUUCUUCGAGUAGCCGCGGGCGCGAGAGGCUACAGCCUUCAGAUGCCGAGCUCAAUGGCAGAAUCAACCAUGCCGUCCCUGCAAACACUAUCGCUCCUACCAUUGAUGACUCGACAACACAACAGUCAACCAGUGCUACCACGGCCGCGACGUCUGUCGAGGAAUCGCGGACAUCGCGGCCCUCUACACCACGCAGCGCUGCACCCGGUUUAUCUCUUUUUCCCAAGGUCGACGGAUAUCGAAGACCAACCACUCCGCGGACCCCGAAAAGCUUCCAAUUCGACCUGGAGUCGGCCGUAGAGAAGAGAUCCGUCAAGGAACAAUCUCCAUCCAAGCCCACACCCUCGUCCACUUUGAGGCCUCUCUCCUUUCAGAACGAAUCAUUUUCUCAUACACCGCCACAACCCCAACCCCAACAACACGACUCAGAGAACACUCAACAAACUGACGAUCGCACGCCAAGGCGGCGUGUAGAGUCUCAAAUCAUAGACAGCUAUAUCUACUCAAACAUGCGACGUACUUCCUCUCCGAAUGGUCACAUGACCUGUCAUUCCCGCGACGACAGCACGGAAAGCGCAACCAGUCACUACAGUGACAACACCGUUCGCGAUAUCCCCCGUGCUCCCUCCACCGCCCCUUGCCUCGAAACACUGAGCAUAGCGUCGCUGUCGCCAUUCGAUCCCUUCUUCCCGCUAGAACUCACUCCCCCACUCUCACCCGACGACGACGAAGACGACACUACGAUUAAAGGCUCUUCCGCGCCAAACAGACUAUCUGUACACGCAAACCGCCCUCCCUCGCCCGACCACCUCUCCCCACGGCACCGCCAGUCUCUCUCAGCCUCCACAUUCUCAUCUUUCAACACGUCCGCAUCGCUGCACGACAGGUCCUAUUCGCCCGACCCAGCACUGGAGCCUGUCACGUACGCGAGCGCCAAACAAGCCCGCUUCUCCAAAGAAGCGCCGCGACUCAGCAUCAUCAGGAGGAGCAUGACCGCCAGCCCGACGAGUCCGCGGAGUCCUGUCACUAAAAUGUCCCACCUGUCCAGUCUGACACCAACACGCGAGGACGACGGCCCAGAUGGCCAUGUCUGGCGCACAAACAGUAUGAAGAUCAUUACUGUGUCCGAGUAAUUCAUGACUGGGGGGAAGUCAGUCGUGGAUGCACGGUCUCCCUUUGGUGUAUGUGUAUAUAUAUGGAAAAACAAAAAUCGGGCGUUCUUGGGAUGGGCGCAGGUGUGCUUGUAUAUACCCCCCCCUUGUUGAAAUACAUGCCUUGUCUGGCUCAGCC